AUGUUAAUUAAUAGUUAUAAAAAUAGUAGUAGUAGUAUAAACACUAUGUCUGAAUCAGAUAUUUCAUUAUUUCAAUCGAUUGGAUUCGAUGAGAAGCGUGCUAAAGACACAGUAAAGAACAAAGAGUUGACCGACAACAUCAAGUUCUUGAUCGGCGCCGCCAAGGUGGAAGCCGGUUGCGAUAAAUCCGUCGGUAACUUGUUGUACAGUUUGGCUACUUCACCACAGGCACAGUCACCACUCAGAGGACAAGCCGCUGCCUACAUCGGAGACGGUCGUAUCAAGUCGCAACAACAGUAUCAAGCACUGGUUGCCUACCUCAAGGACAACUCAGAGUUUGUCGCCGCCAAGUUCGAGUCGGACUGCGGUGUCGGUGUCACUGUCACCGCCGCCCAAGUGCAGGCAGCCAUCGACGAGCUCUUUGCCAAGAAGUCAGCAGAGAUCGCCGAGAAGAAGUGGCAUAUCGCCAUCGGUGACCUCUUGAACCCACUGAAAGAGUCGUUGAAGUGGGCUGAUUUCAAGGAGGUCAAGGACUUGCUCGAUGCCCAGAUGCUCAAGGUGCUCGGUCCAAAGCCACAGGAGGCACCCAAGGAGAAGAAAUCAAAGCCAGUCUCUACCAAGCCAGUUGAAGACGCCCUCGCCAAGAUCACUCUCACUGAGAACGCAGCGUUGCCAGCCGCCAAGUUCCUCAAGAUCAGAGACAUCUCACCGGCCAUCGCCAACACCAGAGUUCACAUCAAGGGUUGGAUUCACCAUGUUCGUUCACAGCGUAAGAUUGCAUUCAUCGAGUUGCGUGACGGUACUGGAUUCCUCCAGUGUGUAUUGCAAGGUGAUCUCGUACAUCCAUCGAUUGUCGAUGACUUGAAGAGAGAAGCAACAGUCUCACUCAUCGGUACAUUGACACUUCCACCAGCCGAUAAACAUUGUCCACAAGGUGUAGAGUUACAAGUUGACUACUGGAAGUUAAUUGGUGCAUCUCAUCUCGAUCUCGAAGGUAUCAUUAACAUUGAUUCAAAUGUAGAUCAAAUGUUGGAUCAACGUCAUAUUGUAUUGAGAGGAUCAAGAGCCAGUUCAAUCAUGAAACUUAGAUCGAUUACAAUGAAGGCAUUCCGUGAUCAUUACUUUGAGAAUGGAUAUUAUGAAGUUUCACCACCAACUCUUGUAAACACUUUCUGUGAAGGUGGUUCAGAGUUGUUCACUUUAGAUUAUUUCGGUCAACCAGCAUAUUUAACUCAAUCAUCACAAUUAUACUUGGAAACUAUGAUUCCAGUUGCUGGAGAUGUUUUUUGUAUGGCACAAUCGUAUCGUGCUGAGCUGAGUAAGACUCGUCGUCAUUUGGCAGAGUUCACUCACUUGGAAGCCGAAUGUCCAUUCAUUACAUUCGAAGAUUUGCUCGAUCGUAUCGAGUAUUUGGUUUGCGAUGUUGCCGAGCGUAUUUUCAAGAUCGACAAGGAUUUGCUCCUCUCGGUCAAUCCAAACGCCAAGGUACCAAAGCGUCCAUUCAAGCGUAUGGACUAUGCCGAUGGAAUCAAAUACGUGCGUGAGCACAACAUCUACAAGGACGAAGCCACCAAGACUCACUUUGAGUUUGGUGACGACAUCCCAGAGGCCGCCGAGCGUAAGAUGAACGACCAAAUCGGUGAGCCAAUCUUCUUCUGCCGUUUCCCAGCAGAGAUGAAGGCUUUCUAUAUGGCUCGUUGUCCAGAGGACAACACCUUGACAGAGUCGACCGAUCUUUUGAUGCCAGGUGUCGGUGAGAUUGUCGGUGGUAGCAUGCGUAUCUCUGACUACACCCAAUUGAUGGACGCCUACAAGAAGGAAGGAUUGGAUCCAUCGCAAUACUACUGGUUCACCGACCAACGUAAAUACGGUACCACUCCACACGGUGGUUACGGUCUUGGUGUCGAACGUUUCUUGACCUGGUUCUUGGGUGAAGAACACAUCCGUAACGUAUGUCUCUACCCACGUUACCGUGAGAGAUGUCAACCAUAG